AUGGCUUCCAAUAGCAUUUUGCUGCCGGUAGCGGACCAAAGCCCAUCAACAGCGGGAAGCCUCAGACAACUAUCUUCACUCUUUCCCGCCGCCCCAGAACUGCUGUCCCUCACCGUCGGCAUCCUUCUGGGAGCCACAAUCUUCUCUUACCGUCGUCGGAGAUCCGACCACCAACGCCAAGACCUGGAAAGCAUUGCCGUUGCGCGCGAGCCAAAGGACCAGCUGCCCACUCCACCCCCACAUCCCCUCCUAUCGCUGCCGCAAUCGCCGCCGCCGCCCCUAUAUGAUGCCCAAAGCACUAAACCACCGCCACCCCCAUCCGCAUUCACAGACCUCCCACCACCCCUCCGUACGACCCUCCACUCUCAGGUCGGCCCCCCCGUGACCAGCACCGACCUCGCCUCUCGGCCCUGGAGGCGCGUCACGUAUCCUUUACCGCGCCACCCCUGUGAUCCGCGGGCCACCGAAGUCCACGUCACUCAAGGGGUGCAGUUCUUCCUGCAGCCCGAAAGCCUGCUGCCAAUCGAUGGCAACGGCGACGGCGACGCGGCUGCCUCCGAGAAGCAAUCGCAGCAGCAGCAGCAGCAGCAGCAGCCACGUCAAGCAAGGCAGUGGCGGAAACGCCGCAUCAUGACAUUCGAGGCCGUCGCCAGGGAUCCAGAUGAGGAGGAAAGUAGGGAUGGUGGCGGGAGACGUGCGGCCCCCCCACCGUCCGGAGACGAUGCGCAGGUCGCGGGAAUCGGUGCGGGCGCGGGCGCCGCCAUCCUCGGGUUCGGGACUUCACCGCCCGUGGUACAGGAAUCGGUCGUCGUCAACGUCGUCAGCGAGGCCGACAUGUGGGCUAAGAUGCGAGGCGUCGAGAUUGAGAUCUAG